AUGCGCAAGCUACUGUCAGCUCUCGAGCCGAAAGACUCGCAAAAUAAGUUCGAAUCAAACUGGAAAAACGCAGUCAAAAAACGUGUUGAGUCAUGGACUGGCCAUGACGAGCGCAUGAAAAAUUCACGGCCAAAGCGUCAAUAUGAGUGGGAGGCCGAAAUUGUCGAGUAUAUCAACUACAUUUCAGACAAGACUCGAAUACGGUCUGCAAAGGCACUUACACGACCGUGCCUCAAUCUCAAGACUCCCAUUCUUGGCCCACAUUUUGUGCCACCAUUGUACCUGCACGCCCUUCGACGAAAUCAGUCCGAGCCCGCGGUCAAUCCAGAGACCUUGUACCUGAAGCCACUUCGGGUGAUUCACCCAUUCUACCAUCCUGAACUCGCACGAUGUCCACGAUGCGACUGUACGGACAGUGUCCAGUGGGAUGGGUGGACCGGCACAGGUCCACGAGAUGUCCAUGGCCUGUUUGUUGACGAAGGAGCAAUUGGCACCCAAAUCCGCUGUGAGAAUUGCAAGAAGGACCCGACAAGCAAGAAAGGACAGCAGCAGAGUGACUGUGGUGACUCAGAGCAACAGGAGCAAGGGCACGAUUCUAGGACUCAGCUCAAGGGUCACUGCUUCGCCACGACGAAUCCGGAGUUCUGGCACACCUGGCCACAUUGGUCCAUUCCAGCGGGCAUACCUGUAUUUUUUCGGAGAUGCGCUGUGACACGUGAGCUCUUCGACUUGUUGAUUGAGCUGCGGCUGUCAUCGACCGCAGGUGGUCUCGCGGAGAACAUCAGACAGCUUCACUUACUUGAAUACAACCGACGUAAACUAGCUUACCUGCAAGCUUUUAGGUCCCGCUGCAUUGCACGACACGGCAUGGACUACUUUAGCCCCAACCCCCUGCAGGCAUUCUCCGAUCCUCACGACAAGAAAAACUACAAUGAUAAGCCAAUAUCGAACGAUGUCAUUACCGAGGUCUUCCAGGAAUUUGUCUCGGGGACACGGGAGAGGGAAUCAGAGGAUUAUCUACGGACAUUAUCAGGUAUCAGUGUUUCCUUCGACAAUACUUUCCGUGCGGCUGGCAAAGCUUCAGUGACUAAUCGAGACAAGCAGAAGGUAAAGGUCUUGAAGGGCGGGAUCAUCAGCCUUAUGAACGAGAAUGGCGAGAUCAUUGGCUGGUCCAAUGCUGAGAUCACCGAACUUCUCGAUGGUCUCAAGACUCGGUGCAACAAGCUUGAUGUCCCUCCACCUGAGAUCUUCCAUCAGGAAAAAGGGAAUUUUUCUUAA